AGCGCCGGGCUGAAGGAUGCUGACCUUAUUGGCCGCUCAGGAACAGGGAGGUGUGGAGAAACGCCUGAAAACCAAACACACUUCUCUUCAGCCCAGCGCAGGAACAGACCCGAGGCACACAGAUCUUCUCUAACCUCUUUCAACAGGAAAACAAGAACCAAACCCUGCGGUCAGAAUGUCUGCAGCCAAGCGAGCCAAAGGAAAAACCACAAAGAAGCGUCCGCAGAGGGCCACGUCCAACGUCUUCGCCAUGUUCGACCAAUCACAGAUCCAGGAGUUCAAAGAGGCCUUCAACAUGAUCGAUCAGAACAGAGACGGAUUCAUCGACAAGGAGGACCUACACGACAUGCUGGCCUCUCUGGGGAAGAACCCGUCUGACGAGUAUCUAGAGGGAAUGAUGAGUGAAGCUCCAGGACCCAUCAACUUCACCAUGUUCCUCACCAUGUUUGGAGAACGUCUGAACGGAACCGACCCUGAAGACGUCAUACGAAACGCCUUCACAUGCUUCGAUGAAGAUGCUUCUGGUUUCAUCCACGAGGACCAUCUCCGCGAGCUGCUGACCACCAUGGGGGAUCGUUUCACAGAUGAAGAAGUGGACGAGCUCUUCCGCGAGGCGCCGAUCGACAAGAAAGGAAACUUUAACUACGUGGAGUUCACUCGCAUCCUCAAACAUGGAGCCAAAGAAAAGGACGACAUAUAAAAACCAGCAGCAGAUCCAUUCAGCGUCUGAUUUCGUACGUGCAGAUCAUAGCCAACACUUCAGGUUUUUGUUAAAGACAACAAGAAACUAAACUGCAAUGCACUAGACACCUUUCAAAACACCUUUCCACAUCACACUGGCAAGUGCUGCAUGUGCAAACACACUUUAGAUCCAAUAUUUGAUCGGUUUUCUCUCUGUCUAUCUCCAAAUAAAAUCACCUGGGUAAGUUA